AUGGCUUCUAAGAGGACCUCAGUUCGAGGGGAAUCAGAUUCAAAUAACUAUGCCUUAUCAGACUCCUCCGAUUUUGAAGACAAUGGGCAUCCGAGAUUGUCAAAAAGACGAUCUAGCCUGUUUUCUUUGAGUUCAUUAAGCUCAGCCGAACCUUUACCACCUCCGGACGAAAAAGAUUUUAUUGCGUUUACAUCUGACGACAGACAUUUCUCUUUGCUUCGAAAUCUUCAUAUGGCAGAUUUCAUAACGUUAAUGAAUGGUUUUUCCGGGUUUUAUUCUAUUGUUUCUUGUCUUCGUUUCACCUUGACUAAGCAAACUCACUACGUACAAAGGGCACACUUCUUCAUAAUUUUGGGUCUUUUUUUUGACUUUUUUGACGGUAAAGUUGCCAGAUUGCGCAACAAAGCAUCAUUGAUUGGUCAGGAGUUGGACUCUUUAGCCGAUCUGAUUUCAUUUGGGGUUGCUCCCGCCUCUAUUGCAUUUUCCCUAGGUUUACAAACUACAUUAGACGUCCUAUGCCUAACAUUUCUGGUUCUGUGUGGACUCACCAGAUUAGCUAGGUUCAACGUAACAGUGGCCAACAUACCAAAAGAUAUCAAGGGUAAAGCUCACUAUUUCGAAGGAUUACCGAUCCCUUCGACCUUGUGGCUAGUAUUUAGUAUGGCAUUUUGUGUUUAUAAAGGAUGGUAUGAGUAUGAGGAUGGCCUUCCUGGUCCAUUAUUAUGGAAAGGAAAAUUUUUUGAAUUUCAUUUGAUUUCACUCUUUUUUGUCAUUCAAGGAUGUUUGAUGACCUCCAAAAGUCUCAAAAUACCUAAACCUUGA